AUGGCGACUAUCGACCGCGACACGGACCUGGGGCUCCAACGCGUCGUGCGCGCCGCGUUUGCAUCGUCAAAAGUGCUCACACACUCCCACCGAGUUGAUACCGUCCUCGACCACGACCGCAACCUCGAGCAAGAGCGCAACUUGUACGACCUUGUCCCGGCCUGCGGGUGCAAGAUGUCCCAAACUCAACCAGUCCCGUAA